UUUGAGUUGGUAUGGAGCGUCGCUCUCGCGGCAGUUCAGACCUCGUGUCACUAUGCUGCCUGUGUGUGGUAUAGCAGACCUGUAUGUGCAUUUCAGAGACGGGGAAAGGCGAUCGCAAGCGGUUCCCGAAUAACAUCAAACUUUAAAACGGCUUUAUCCUGUUCAGAUCUCAGAGUUCGCAGUCGACAGCGUUGCAAGGCAUUAAUCGCGGCGGUUCUCGCAGAAGCAGACCGGUUUCAGGUGUUCCCGAGUGUGCACGGGUUCAGUCCAAAGCGAUGGUUGAAUCCACCGUCCAGACAGAUGCAGCUAAAGCCACAAUAACUAGCAACGCCAGAGCGGAGAUGUUGUGUUUUGUGGUUAAUCUCUGGUGAACUCUUGAUCUCCAUCGUCUUAAAAAAUUUGGAAGAUUUAGAAGUCUCGAGGAACCUCGCUUAGAAUUCUUGGACGACCGAUUCGACGCAAACAGGACGGUGUGCAUUUCGGGCGUCCUUUGCUUUUUUUGUUGUUGUCCGUGUAUACUAUUGCUGCAAAGAGAUCUAUCAAUUCAGCGCAUACAUCGGACGGGAGCGAGUAAGGUGGUGUGCUGUAAACGCAUAUCUUUUUAUCUCUGUGAAGUGCAUUUAUUAUUUUAUCUCAAAACCAAGAUAUUUGGAACAAGGCGAAGAUUCAUUCAGAAUUCCAAAACCCGAGCAGAAGAAAUUCGAUUUAAAAUAAAGAAUCCGGUUCCGUGAUGACAGUGGAGCGCCGUUUCAGAUGCUAAAGUGUUGUUUGUACUCUCCAUUUGAAUCUGAUCGACGUUCUGUGGCAUUUUUGGUUUGUUUUUUGGGGAAGGGGGCAAACAAAACUUGUGGUUCCCGUAUCUGAGACUCUUUUGAAAGCCGAAAUCCUCCUGGUUCAAGUAUUUACUUAAACCCAACCGGGGGACAGCUUUGUUCCAGUCAGUGUCUUUGGGAGUGGUUCGCGAACAAUUAAACCAGUCAGCUUGGAUUAUUACGCCGUUUCCUUGGACUUAAAUUUUAAAAAGGGAUACAUUUCUGAAGAUGUACCCUCAGGGUCGACACCCGGCACCCCAUCAGCCUGGUCAGCCAGGUUUUAAAUUCACUGUUGCGGAAUCGUGCGACAGGAUUAAAGACGAGUUUCAGUUUCUGCAAGCCCAGUAUCACAGUCUGAAGGUGGAGUAUGAUAAGCUGGCUAAUGAGAAGACGGAGAUGCAGAGGCACUAUGUUAUGUACUAUGAAAUGUCUUACGGACUGAAUAUUGAAAUGCACAAACAGACUGAGAUUGCAAAAAGACUCAAUGCAAUUUUGGCUCAAAUCAUGCCUUUUCUGUCACAAGAGCACCAACAGCAGGUUGCGCAGGCUGUUGAGCGUGCCAAGCAGGUGACCAUGACAGAGCUGAAUGCCAUCAUCGGGGUACGUGGACUUCCCAAUCUGCCUCUCACCCAGCAGCAGCUCCAGGCACAGCACCUCUCGCACGCGGCUCACGGGCCCCCCAUCCAGAUGCCCCCCCACCCCUCGGGGCUCCAGCCGCCUGGCAUCCCCUCAGUCCCGGGUUCGGGUGCCGGCCUGCUCGCCCUGGGAGCUCUCGGCAGCCAGGCCCACCUGCCAGUCAAGGACGAGAAGAACCACCACGAGCUGGACCACAGAGGUCAAUCAUCCUUUCACCUGCCACUCGCGAUUCCAUUGGUAAAAGAGAGAGAAUCUAGUACGAAUAAUUCGGUGUCCCCGUCGGACAGCCUGCGCGCUGCAAGUGAGAAACACCGCGGCUCCUCAGACUACAGCAUCGACUCCAAGAAGAGGAAAGUGGAGGAAAAGGACAGCAUGAGCAGAUAUGACAGUGAUGGUGAUAAGAGUGAUGACUUGGUGGUUGAUGUCUCCAAUGAGGAUCCAGCCACGCCCCGCGUCAGCCCUGCCCACUCGCCGCCGGAGAACGGUCUGGACAAAUCACGGGCGAUGAACAAGAAGGAAGGUCCCAACAGCCCCGCCUCUGUCGCUUCCUCCAGCAGCACGCCCUCCUCCAAAACCAAAGACCUGGUCCAUAAUGACAAGUCUUCAACCCCCGGUUUGAAGUCCAACACACCGACUCCGCGAAACGACGCCCCUACCCCGGGCACUAGCUCCACCCCGGGACUGCGGCCGCUGCCAGGGAAGAUGCCUGGCAUGGAGUCACUAGCUCCAGCGCUACGGACCCCCCUCUCCAUCGCUGGUUCCUAUGCCAGUCCCUUCGCCAUGAUGGGCCACCAUGAGAUGAACGGCUCCCUGACGAGCCCGGGGGUCUACGCUGGGCUCCACAACAUCUCCCCACAGAUGAGCGCCGCCGCAGCCGCUGCAGCAGCGUACGGCCGCCCCAUGGGUGGCUUUGACCCACACACUCACAUGAGACCCGGACUCCCUGCCAGCCUCUCUUCCAUCUCUGGAGGAAAACCAGCGUACUCCUUCCACGUGAGCGCGGAUGGGCAGAUGCAGCCAGUGCCCUUCCCCCCGGAUGCUCUCAUUGGCCCCGGGAUCCCGCGCCACGCCAGGCAGAUCAACACGCUGAGCCACGGCGAGGUGGUGUGCGCCGUCACCAUCAGCAACCCAACGCGCCACGUCUACACCGGCGGCAAGGGCUGCGUGAAGAUCUGGGACAUCAGCCAGCCGGGUAGCAAGAGCCCCAUCUCACAGCUUGACUGCCUGAACCGUGAUAACUACAUCCGCUCGUGCAAGCUGCUGCCGGAUGGGCGGACGUUGAUCGUGGGUGGGGAGGCGAGCACGCUGACUAUCUGGGACCUGGCUUCUCCGACCCCGCGCAUCAAGGCUGAGCUGACCUCCUCCGCCCCUGCCUGCUACGCUCUGGCCAUCAGCCCCGACGCCAAGGUGUGCUUCUCCUGCUGCAGCGACGGCAACAUUGCAGUGUGGGACCUGCACAACCAGACCCUGGUCAGGCAGUUCCAGGGACACACAGAUGGCGCAAGCUGUAUUGAUAUUUCUCAUGACGGCACAAAGCUCUGGACAGGUGGCCUGGACAAUACAGUUCGCUCCUGGGACCUGCGGGAGGGUCGACAGCUGCAGCAGCAUGACUUCACCUCACAGAUCUUCUCUCUGGGUUACUGCCCGACUGGAGAGUGGCUGGCUGUGGGAAUGGAGAGCAGCAACGUAGAGGUCCUGCACCACACCAAGCCAGACAAGUACCAGCUGCACCUGCAUGAGAGCUGCGUGCUGUCCCUCAAAUUCGCCUACUGUGGUAAAUGGUUUGUCAGCACUGGCAAAGACAACCUUCUCAAUGCAUGGCGGACUCCUUAUGGGGCCAGCAUAUUCCAGUCCAAGGAAUCAUCAUCCGUCUUAAGUUGCGAUAUUUCAGCUGAUGACAAGUACAUCGUAACAGGCUCUGGUGACAAGAAGGCAACAGUUUAUGAAGUGAUCUACUAAACUGAAGGCAAAGGACCUUGCAAAGACUUGUCCACCUGCGACAUGAGGGGGAGGGGGGGUGUCUCCUCCCCUUAACACCAAAUGGAAUGUUUAGUGGGGCGGACCGUGACACGCAGAGACGUGGCCCCAGGACUUGUUUUUUUGUGGAUAUCUGUGGAUCGUUCUGGUGUCUCUUUCCUGGCUGUGGACUACACAGGGUUGUUCAUACUCUCUAAGGGUUUGGUUUGGAGGGGCUGGACGGAGCCCCCUGCACAGCAGCUCGUUUGCCAGUUACUGACCCGAGUUCCUACGUCACUGUACAAAUAAAUAUCGCCUUUCUUGGGAUUGUUGAAUAUUUUUUACUGGAGGAAAUGUUCCUUAAUGUGACCAUGGAGCAGAGCUUCAUGUUUGACACUUGACCGUGCUCCUUCGAAGACCUGUGAAAAGUGUAAAUAAUGGAGUAAUAAAACAGAAACAUGUUUAUAUAUUUACGUGUCAUGGUACACUAGUGGUGUUUUUUUUUUUGUCUGCUGUACUUUGGUAUUCACUGGUGACGGAUGGUGAAGGCUGUUUUCGUUUGUUCUGCUAAGGCUGAAGUUCUGAAACUUGCUCUUUUUAUUUGUUUUGUACUGGAGCUAAAGAAAGCAGUAAAGUUGUGCUUGUUUCACACACAACAUGGAUCCCCUUUGACACUGAAUAGUCUCAGCUGAGCACCUCCCAACCUCCCUGCUUUUGUGAUGCAGCUUCGAAGGAAUGGAUACUGAAUUUGGCUCAGGGAGCUAAUAUGUUAAAAAAAGUGUUGUUUUUUUUUGUAUUGCCAUGAACCGUUGUUUAACAACCUAAGCUUGUUAUAUGUUUACUAACAAACUGUUUUCCUUUUGUUGAAGAUAUUGUAAACAACAAAACUAACAAACUCCAGUCACGCUUUGUUCUGCUGGGUUCAGUUUGAAGCUUCUGUCUACCUUUUUUAUUAUUAUUUUUUUUUUUAAACCUGUUUUUUUGUUUUCUGCCAGAAUUGCCUCAAUUUCAAGUUUAACACUGUGCUGUUAAUGAAUUAAAAAUCCUGUUUUAAUGAUCCCAUUGUACAAGUCUGGACAAACCUAAGGUAAGGAUGACCUGGAGUUAUCCACAGGUACUGCUGAAGCAGGAGUCUGUGGAGGGAUUGUGCAGAAGGGUGUCUCUCUUUUAGCAGUCAGGGUUAAAGCUGGGAGCGCUUGCACUGAACUCUGGACAGCUUGCUGUGACAAACCUCUUGUAAGGCUCGGGAGACCCAUCUGAUUCUGAUAUCCGUGCUGGAGUUUAGCUGCAGAGGUGUUGACUAGAAGUUCCGUUGACAACCAGCAAUGCCCUACUAGCCUCGGCUUGAGUGGAACAGCUAAACCUAGCUGUGCAGUCAAAAGGGAGUGUCAAGGCUUAUGGGCACUCCAUAAAUGUGUAGAGCCCCUCUACAAAACCCAACAAAUCCUUCAUCCUUCAGGAUGAUUUUUUUUUUUUUUUUUUUUGUGCUUAAGGUGUUGUUUUGAAUGACGGUUACAGUGAUUUUUAAAAUAUAAAUAAGACAAAAGUUGACAAUUUUUUUUUUAAAGUUUUAAAAUGACAUUUUUAGACUUUUUUGUUUAAAUAAAUUCGGGGGGGGUGAAGGGUUAUAAUGAGUCUUACUUUCUCAAACUUACACCAAAGUAUGUAGCAAACUGAUCACUGAAGGUUAUGUACAGUUGUUAAUAAUUCAAUAAACUGUUUUUGUAAAAAUACAACAAAAAAAA